CAAACCGGAUUUGAAGCCGACCCUAAACUUGUGGAGUGGGAAGAGCUGUGCCAAAGGGCGGACGCCCCCACGGAGUGACGGAGGACGUUCGUGGUUGUGUUUCAGGCUUUCAGCGUAUCUCCUAUUCUCUGUCUCCUGCAGCUCGUGUGUCUCUCUUUCUAUACUGUAGCUCAAGUGAGAAGGCUGUUGUUUCUCUCACUACACCGAGAGAGAGAGAUGGCUUCCUCUGCUGUGACCUCAACCUCUACUUGCUUCAUCAAGAAAGAAAUGGAUCUCUCGUCGGCCGUCUCUCAAGUUCCUUCUUUUGGCUCCAGUCUGAAGAUGGGUUCCAGGAGGAGAAUUGUACGACCCGUUCACGCCGUCAUGGCUCCGCCGCAGCCGCAGCAGCGGCCUCCUGUGUCUACUGGCUCGGUGAAGCACGAGAUGACGACGACGGAGAAGAUACUGGCGAGGGCGUCGGAGAGGGCGAAGAUCGAGCCCGGGGAGAACGUCUGGGUUAAUGUUGACGUGCUCAUGACCCAUGACGUCUGCGGUCCUGGAACCAUUGGUAUCUUCAAGAAGGAAUUCGGCGAAAAUGCGAGGGUAUGGGACCGUGAAAAGAUAGUUAUCAUACCGGAUCACUAUAUAUUCACGAAUGAUGAACGUGCAAAUCGUAACGUGGACAUAUUGAGAGAUUUCUGCUUGGAACAGAACAUCAAGUACUUCUACGAUAUCACUGAUCGUGGAAAUUUUCAGGCAAAUCCUGAUUACAAAGGUGUUUGUCAUAUCGCCCUUGCUGAAGAAGGACACUGCAGGCCUGGAGAGGUUCUGCUUGGGACGGAUUCUCAUACAUGCAAUGCUGGUGCAUUUGGGAUGUUUGCAACUGGUAUUGGGAACACAGAUGCUGGGUUUGUAAUGGGGACUGGGAAGCUUCUUUUAAAGGUACCACAAACUUUGAGGUUUGUUUUGGAUGGAGAGAUGCCAAAUUUUUUGCUUGCCAAGGAUUUGAUCUUGCAGAUUAUAGGUGAGAUCACAGUGGCAGGUGCUACAUAUAAAUCCAUGGAGUUCACUGGCUCAGCCGUUGAAGCAUUAACUAUGGAAGAAAGAAUGACACUGUGCAAUAUGGUGGUUGAAGCUGGAGGUAAGAAUGGUGUUGUUCCUGCUGACCAAACUACAUUCAACUACCUCAAGGGUAAGACUUUCAAGGAGUUUGAACCUGUUUACAGUGAUCAAAAUGCAAGAUACCUUCAAGAGUAUAGGUUUGACGUAUCCAAAUUGGAACCUGUUGUCGCAAAGCCUCAUUCUCCUGAUAACCGUGCAUUGGCAAGAGAGUGCAAGGAUGUCAAAAUAGACAGAGUAUACAUUGGGUCCUGUACUGGUGGCAAGACUGAGGACUUUAUGGCUGCAGCGAAGCUCUUCUUGGCUUCUGGCAAAAAGGUUAAGGUGCCAACUUUUCUUGUUCCUGCAACUCAGAAGGUUUGGAUGGAUGUAUAUACUCUUGAGGUCCCAGGUUCUGGUGGUAAGACGUGCUCUCAGAUCUUUGAAGAAGCUGGCUGUGAUACUCCGGCUAGUCCCAAUUGUGGUGCUUGUUUAGGUGGACCUCGUGAUACCUAUGCUAGGAUGAAUGAACCUCAGGUGUGUGUAUCUACCACCAACCGUAACUUCCCGGGGAGAAUGGGGCACAAGGAAGGCCAAAUUUAUUUGGCAUCACCGUUCACUGCAGCAGCAUCUGCAUUGACUGGAUAUGUUACCGACCCUAGACAGUUUUUGCAAUGAGCACUAUAACCAGCGUAAAGCCUCUAAUGGUUGGUGGUGAACGAGGAUUACCUGACAUUAUUUCAAUGACAGAGCUCUCAGCAUUCAGUUAUUCUGGACUCUCAGUCAGUUUUUGAUCCAAUCAAAAGGGGAAGCAUUUUUUCUGGCUUUUUUUCAAAGUAACAGAGCUUCCAUGCUGUUGCUUUCUGAUGGCUCUCUUUGAACUAAAUACAGCAAAGAAGACAUUGUUCCGGUUCAGAACAAGUGUUUCAGCAACGUUCCCCCUUGCACACGUCAUUUGGUCUUAUCUUCCAAUUUAGACUUGAGUUGCUGAUUAAUUAGGCUGAUACAAAACUUGUUUUACUUUCUUGUCUUUUGCCUUUUAUUUUAUGUGUCAUCCUUAACGUUGUGUGUUCGCAACACAAUAAAUCAGUUCCAACCUAAACAAAAAGG